GUUUUUUUUUCCUUUUCAAAUCAAUCAUUUUUCUGGACUUAAAUUCUUGAUUGUUAUUUGUUGUUGUACUUGUCGGUGCAUAAAUGUUGCCCCUUCAGAGCUGACAACUUUGGAGUUUGCUUCUUUGGAGUUAAUCAACACUGAGCCUACCUCUGAGGUUUUGGGUCGUAUCUGGAUUUAAGUUAAGUUACUGUAAACGGAGAAAUGAAUUUUGAUCAAAUCCUGGAGGAAAUCGACGGAUUUGGGAGAUAUCAGAAGACUCUGUAUGUGUGGAUUUGUCUUCCACAAAUCUUCCUUGCCUUUCAUAUGAUAGCGAGCGUCUUUACAGGAUACACACCAGCACAUCACUGUCGGGGCUCUCCUGAUGAACACUGGUACUUUAACGUGUCUGUGAACUACAGCCACUCAUGCAGUAUCGCAUCUGCACGGAACCAGACUGAGGAGCUCUGUCCAUACGGAUGGGUCUACAGCCAAGAAUUAAUCCACAGUAGCACUGCCACUGAGUGGGAUCUUGUCUGUGACAGGGUGACUCUAAACAGUCUUGGUUCUUCGCUGUAUAUGCUGGGAUUGCUUGUGGGAGCUUUUGUGUUUGGCUAUAUGGCUGACAGGUUGGGAAGGAGGUUUGUCAUACUAUUGUCUCUUGCCCUGCAGACAGUGUUUGGGGUGGCAGCUGCCUUUGCACCAAACUACUUAGUGUAUGUGUCACUUCGCUUCAUCAUAGGAACCACCAUGUCUGGUGUCAUCAUCAAUGCAUUUGUGUUGGGAACAGAAUGGACGUCUACAAAAAAACGCAUGCUGGCGGGAAUUAUGACGGAUUAUUGCUUUGGACUUGGUUAUACGUUGCUGGCCGGUGUGGCUUAUUUUAUUCGAAGCUGGAGAUAUUUGCAGUUUGCCAUUUCAGCACCAGGUGUCAUCUUUAUUUCCUACAUCUGGAUUCUUCCUAAUUCAGCUCGCUGGCUGUUGGUAAAUGACAGAAAAGAGGAAGCUCUAGAACUUCUACGUAAAGCAGCUACAAUGAAUGGUCGUCCCUUGCCUACUACAGUGCAGUUAGACAAGUGUGAGGUGAUGCAGGGGAAGAAUAAACACACUGCUGCAGAUCUAGUCCGUACGCCCCAAAUGAGGAAACGAUUUUUGAUUCUGCUGUUUAUUUGGUUUGUUAACGUAUUAGUGUAUUAUGGUCUGUCUCUUGGUGCAUCAGACCUGGGAACAAACAUCUACCUCACUCAGUUUCUGUUCGGAUUGGUGGAGUUCCCCGCAAGAACUUUGGUUUUGCUCGUCCUCCCGUAUAGCCGUCGCCUCUCCCAGAGUGCGUUCCUCGCCGUGGGCGGCAUCGCCUGCCUCCUCAUGCUCAUUGUACCAGAAGAUAGACCUCAUGUAAGGACCGCUGUGGCGAUGACUGGAAAAUUUGGCAUCACAGCUGCUUUUGCUGUCAUCUUUGUUUAUACAGCUGAACUCUAUCCGACGGUGCUUAGACAGACGGGAAUGGGAGUGUCCUCCAUGUUAGCACGAAUUGGUGGAGUUUUAGCGCCAUUGAUAAACCUGAGUAACUCGGCUAUGUCCACAGCGAUAUUCGGCUUGGCCCCUCUGUUGGGUGCAGCUCUCGCACUGGGCCUGCCUGAGACAGCCAACAAACCCCUACCUGAUACUAUUCAAGAUAUCCAAGAAGCUGAGAGGUUACCUCCAGAGAAUAAUGACAGAGAUGUCCCUGUAGACGUUAUCCAGUCUCCAAACACCCCAGAGGCACAGGAACUACAGCGCCUCACAAACAAGUCUCCAUAGAAUUAAAUGUGCCUGAAUGAACAAACACACAAACAUAGCUUUUAUUUUUUAACUUCACUUCUUUUUAACUUUUGGGCUUCAUAUCGGAAAAUGCAACCAUUUUAUGUUUUACAUCUCUAACACUGUGACAAAUACAGCCAGGUCCAUAAGAUUUGCAUAAAUUCUGCCUCCAUACACCAACACAAUGUUGUUCGUAUUUCUGCUGCUUCCGUCGAGGGGUCGCCACAGUGGACAAUCUGAUCCGCACUGCAACUUGACACAGGUUUUAAACCUGAUGCCCUUCCUGAGCCAACCCUGCCAGUUAAUCUAGGCUUGGGACGGACACUGCAUUCAGUGGCUGGGGUUUGGGGAAUCGAAUCCAGGUCUUCUGCAUGGCAGGUGGAAAACCUACCACAGAGCCACCAAUGCCCCAUGCACUACCGCAAUGUAUUGAAAAUUGAGAUCUAGAUGUGACUCAAGUGCAGACUUUCAGCUUUAAUUCAUGGGGUUUAACAAAAAUAUUGCAUUACUUAAUUGCAUUUUUACUUGCUCAAUUUUCAGAGGCUAAAAAGUAAUUGGAAAGAUAAUUAUAAAUAUGCAAAAACUGAACUCUGUAACCAUUGGACAUCACCAAAUGCUGAGUUUUCUCCCCUGAGAUGUUGUUUAUUCGUAGGUCUUUCUGCUUCAGCCUUGUCUUCACCAAAACAAAAGCAUUGCUUGUGUGGUUGGAGGUCCUUUGAUUGUCUUAAACCAGUUAACACCAGGCAGUUUUGAAGCAUUUGACUGAAUCCAAACAGAAAGUAUUGCUCUAUACUGUACACUUCAGAAUUCAUCCUGCUACUUUUUUUUCCAGCAAUCACAAAAACAGUUCCAUUGACAGCCGUACAGUACAUACCCAUGAUAUACAGUACAGUACCAUGGGUAUGCCUUGGACCAUUGUUCUUAAGUGUUAUCAGUGGUUUCCAUCUUGAGGUAAACCAUCUACACCUACCGAUAAACCGACCGCCUGCAGAGUGUUGUUGACUUGACUAGAUGUUGUGAUUAGCUUUUUCACCAAGGGAACAAUUCUGUGAUUAUUGACUUUUGGUUGUCUUUUGUGGUCGUACAGGCCGUGUGGUGUUGCUGAGCUCACCAGUGUAUUUCCUAUUUUUAAGAAUGUGCCAAAUUACUGAUUUAUGAAAUUUCUGCUAUCACUUAUAGGUCUGUUUUUUUUUAAGCCUAACAAUGGCCUCAUUCACUUGCAAUGGAACGUUUUUGAACUGCAUAAGAGUUCCCAUGAACAGCUACCAAAUGCAGACACAACACUUGAAAAAUCAAAGCCACACCUUUUCUCACCAUAGUUAUUCAUGUAUUAACUAAUAACAUCAAACUUCUUAUCAGUUAACUGUCCAAUUACUUUUUAGACUGUAAAAAUGGUGAUAAUUCCUGAAUGGUUAAUAGAAUAUUUUUGUUAUACUCCUUGGACUGAAGCUCAAAGUCUUCACUUUAAUCUCAUUUAGAUUUCAAAUCCACUGUGUUGGAGCACAGAGGCAAAAACAUGUAAAUGGUGACAUUAAUGUAUUUGCAGACUUUAAAUAGUCUUUAAUCAAGGCCAGUUUGAGACAUUUUUAAUAGUUUCAUGCUGAGAAAGCAGCUGUGUCAUCAAACCCAACUGUCACAAUAAAAUCAAAGCGAAGAGCAGUUCUCUGUUAAAAUCACUGUUUUAUCUAAUCUCUAAGCAACAAGAAAGCACAGUAACCCUCACUGUUAUACUAAUAAACUUAUGUAUUUUUCCACAUGAAAAUCAGAAAACAAA